AAUCACUGAAACAAGAAAUUCGCCUUUGUGGUGGAAUUUCAAGCGAAUCCUGCUUCGCUUAGUUCGUGACCACAACCUGACCAAGACGCAAUCCAUCCGCUUUGACCGAUGCUGAAUUAUUCACGCCCGUUUUUUCCGUCAUGAUUAUUAAUCUGCGUGACUUGAAGUCGCAGGCAUGACGAGCCGCGAGAACGAGAACAUCAACUGGUACCACGGCAGGUUGUCCCGGGAGGAUGCGGAGAACCUCUUGAAAAACAAUGGGACGGAGAACGGAUUCUUCCUGGUCAGAGACAGCAGCUCUGUGCAGGGUGAUUUUGUGUUGACGCUGCUAAAUAACGGCGACGUCAUCCACUACCAGAUUUUCAGGCACGGCCACGAAGAAGAUGCAUUUUAUUCAAUAGACUCUCGAACAAUAAUACACGGCCUUGAGCAACUGAUCGAACACUACCAAGAAGAGCCCAAUGGCCUGGUGACCCUGCUGUCAAAAAACUUUGUGGCCAAAGAUCCUCCGCCCCAUUACAGUCGACGGAAUGGUCGAACCAAUCUUCUGCACCGAGCCACUAAAGAAGGGGACUACCAUGUCGUAUCAGAGCUGCUCAUGUGUGGCUACCGCAGUCUUGAGGCCAAGAACGCCGAGGGCCAGACGGCUGUGCACUUGGCCAGCAAGUUGGGCAAGAACGAGAUUCUCACCAGGCUGAUUGCGGAAAACGCCAGUGUCAAUUGCAGAGACACUGCUGGAUACACACCACUACAUUAUGCUGCACAAGCAAAUCUACCGCUCACAGUUAGGAUUUUAGUGCAGGAAGGACGAGCAAACGUGCAAGUUCGGCACCCAGAUACAGGUUGGGUUCCUAUGCACGACGCUGCAAGCAGAGGCCACUUGGAUGUGGUGAAAGAACUUUUGGCUCUGAACGCGCCUGCUCGGCCUCGGAGCAAUGCUGGCGAGACCCCUGCUGAGCUGGCAGCCGCUGCUGGCCACCCAAGAUGUGAGGUGCUUUUAAAAGAGUUUGUGGCUCCGCCUGCCCGCACUUGCAAAACCGAGUGGUACCACGGCCACAUGGAGCGACACGAAGCGGUGUCCAUUUUGCAGAGACAAGGAUUGCGGGAUGGCCUUUUCAUCGUCCGCCGCAGUGACCGUUUGGCCGGCUACGUCCUUUCAAUGGCACACAUGGGUUCCGUCUUCCACUUCCAGAUACGCCAGCAGGACCGAUUUUUCUUCAUUGAUAACGGCCCCUAUCUAGACUCGCUCGAACACGUCAUCAGCCACUUUUCAACCUUCUCGGACGGGUUGCCCAUCGAACUGGGUGACUCGGUCCGUCCACCACCAAAGCCUGCCGUUCCCGACUUUCCAGCCACUCUCAAUGGGACUCUAAAGAGCAGGAGAAGCAAGGGGAACUUAUCUAUUGCCACCUCUCCUCCUCGUUCUCUGUCGCCAAAAGUCCAUGAGCCGUUGACUUCCAACUUUACCAUCGACGACCCAAACUACAACCCACUGGAAAUCAUUGGAGAGCACAUUGACCGCGAUCGGCUUCAGCUUGGUGAGGUUCUGGGCGAAGGAGAAUUUGGCUCUGUUUUCCGCGGCACGUAUCGGUCUUCGAUGAGCGACUCGGUUUGUGAGGUGGCCGUCAAGACUCUGCGCGGUGACCCUGGAGAAAUUACGCGCGAAGAGGCUUUCCUCAGGGAGGCCCGUUUGAUGGUGCGUCUCUCACACCCCUGCAUCGUCCGCCUGCUCGGCGUCACCGAUGGACAUCCUUUGUGGAUGGUGCAAGAGCUGGUGCCUCUUGGCUCGGUGCUCGACUUCCUGCACAUCACGCCACACCUCGCCAGCCCCACGCAUGAGAUUAAACUCUGGGCCGCACAGAUUGCCUCAGGCAUGCAUUAUUUGGAGAGUGAGCGUUUUGUUCACCGCGACCUGGCUGCCCGGAACAUUUUGCUGGCUUCAAGAGAACAAGCCAAGAUCAGCGACUUUGGCCUCUCAAGAGCUGUAGGUUCUAACGAUGACUACCAGUCCUCUCAGGGUGGCCGGUGGCCCAUCAAGUGGUAUGCGCCAGAGUCUUACAAUUACGGCUCUUUCUCUCACGCCAGCGACGUUUGGAGCUUCGGAGUAACUUUGUGGGAAAUGUACUCGUACGGUAAACAGCCAUAUGGGGAAAAGAGAGGUGCAGAGGUGAUUCAACUUGUGGAGCGAGGAGAGCGCUUGCUAAAGCCAAUAAUGUGUCCAGACGCCGUUUAUCGCUUGAUGAAAAGCUGUUGGUCGUACCAACCAUCUGAGCGGCCUUCCUUUGCUGAUUUGCUCCAGCACUUCACUAGCGAGGCCACCUACGAGAACGUCAAGUUCCAUCAGCUGGAAAUUCAAGCGUCAGAGCCUUUUGAGGUUUGAUUGAAACUCUGCAUUUCUCCAAUCUCAUAAUUAGUCUUCCACGUAACUGCAUUUACAAGUAAGUUCCAAGUAAGAGAAGUUUUUCUCAUUUUUACUUUUUAUCGAACGUAUAAGUAGGAAAAUGUACCAAUUUACACAAUGUACUGAGCUGUAAGUAUGUAUAUUGUUAUAUUGUGAUACUCGCAUCAUACAAAUGCAAACAAGAAGUUGUGCCUUACAUGAAGUGCCUAUUAAGUGAAUUUUAUUAUAUUGAAACUCUGUUGUUACUUCAGACGAAUAUAUAUUAUGUAUUGCUAUAAACUUUUAGUCAUAA